CCGGGGCGGAUCGUGCGGCCGGCGGCUCCCUCGCGGCUCGCGGCGUCGGGGCCCGUGGCGCGCGCGCGCGGCCGCCCCUCGGCCCCGGAGCCCCUCGGCGGCACCACCAUGUACUCGGGAGCCGGCCCCGUGCUCGCCCCUCCUCCACCGCCACCGCCACCCGUCCAAGGGUAUGCCUUCAAGCCUCCACCCAGACCCGACUUCGGGACCUCCGGGAGAACGAUCAAGUUACAGGCCAACUUCUUUGAGAUGGACAUUCCAAAAAUUGACAUCUAUCACUAUGAAUUGGAUAUCAAGCCAGAGAAAUGCCCAAGAAGAGUUAACAGGGAAAUAGUGGAACAUAUGGUUCAGCACUUUAAAACACAGAUCUUUGGGGAUCGGAAACCAGUGUUUGAUGGAAGGAAGAAUCUCUACACAGCGAUGCCCCUUCCAAUUGGGAGGGAUAAGGUGGAGCUGGAGGUCACGCUGCCGGGAGAAGGGAAGGACCGCAUCUUCAAGGUGUCCAUCAAGUGGGUGUCCUGCGUGAGCUUACAGGCAUUACACGAUGCACUUUCGGGGCGGCUGCCCAGUGUCCCCUUCGAGACGAUCCAAGCCCUGGACGUGGUUAUGAGGCAUUUGCCGUCCAUGAGGUACACCCCCGUGGGCCGCUCCUUCUUCACGGCGUCCGAGGGCUGCUCCAACCCGCUGGGCGGGGGCCGAGAGGUGUGGUUCGGCUUCCAUCAGUCCGUCCGGCCUUCUCUUUGGAAGAUGAUGCUGAAUAUCGACGUCUCGGCAACGGCGUUUUAUAAGGCACAGCCAGUAAUCGAGUUUGUGUGUGAAGUUUUGGAUUUUAAAAGUAUUGAAGAACAACAAAAACCUCUGACAGAUUCCCAAAGGGUCAAGUUUACCAAAGAAAUCAAAGGUCUAAAGGUGGAGAUAACGCACUGCGGGCAGAUGAAGAGGAAGUACCGCGUCUGCAACGUGACCCGGCGGCCCGCCAGCCACCAAACGUUCCCGCUGCAGCAGGAGAGCGGGCAGACGGUGGAGUGCACGGUGGCCCAGUACUUUAAGGACAGGCACAAGCUGGUUCUGCGCUACCCUCACCUCCCAUGUUUACAAGUCGGACAGGAGCAGAAGCACACCUACCUUCCCCUAGAGGUCUGUAACAUAGUGGCGGGACAGAGAUGUAUAAAAAAGCUGACCGACAAUCAGACCUCAACCAUGAUCAGAGCGACGGCCAGGUCGGCCCCCGAUCGGCAGGAGGAGAUCAGCAAAUUGAUGAGAAGUGCCAGUUUUAACACAGAUCCGUAUGUUCGUGAGUUUGGAAUCAUGGUCAAAGACGAGAUGACCGACGUGACCGGGCGGGUCCUCCAGCCGCCCUCCAUCCUCUACGGCGGCCGGAAUAAAGCAAUUGCCACCCCUGUCCAGGGCGUUUGGGACAUGAGGAACAAGCAGUUCCACACGGGCAUUGAGAUCAAGGUGUGGGCCAUUGCCUGCUUCGCCCCCCAGCGCCAGUGCACGGAGGUCCACCUCAAGUCCUUCACGGAGCAGCUCAGAAAGAUCUCGAGAGACGCAGGAAUGCCGAUCCAGGGCCAGCCGUGCUUCUGUAAAUACGCCCAGGGGGCAGAUAGUGUGGAGCCCAUGUUCAGGCACCUGAAGAACACGUACGCCGGCCUGCAGCUGGUGGUGGUCAUCCUGCCUGGAAAAACCCCCGUCUACGCCGAGGUCAAGCGUGUAGGAGACACGGUGCUGGGGAUGGCCACGCAGUGUGUGCAGAUGAAGAACGUGCAGAGGACCACGCCGCAGACCCUGUCCAACCUCUGCCUGAAGAUCAACGUCAAACUGGGCGGCGUGAACAACAUCCUGCUGCCGCAGGGGAGGCCUCCGGUGUUCCAGCAGCCCGUCAUCUUUCUAGGGGCGGAUGUCACGCACCCACCUGCCGGGGACGGGAAGAAGCCGUCCAUCGCCGCCGUCGUGGGCAGCAUGGACGCCCACCCGAACCGCUACUGCGCCACCGUGCGCGUCCAGCAGCACCGGCAGGAGAUCAUCCAGGACCUGGCGGCCAUGGUGCGCGAGCUUCUCAUCCAGUUCUACAAGUCCACGCGCUUCAAGCCCACCCGCAUCAUCUUCUACCGAGACGGCGUCUCCGAGGGGCAGUUCCAGCAGGUUCUUCACCACGAGUUACUGGCUAUCCGAGAGGCGUGCAUUAAGCUGGAGAAAGACUACCAGCCGGGCAUCACGUUCAUAGUGGUCCAGAAGAGGCACCACACCCGGCUCUUCUGCACCGACAAGAGUGAGCGGGUGGGGAAGAGCGGUAACAUCCCAGCGGGGACCACUGUGGACACGAAGAUCACCCACCCGACCGAGUUCGACUUCUACCUGUGCAGCCACGCCGGCAUCCAGGGAACAAGCAGGCCUUCCCACUAUCACGUGCUUUGGGAUGACAAUCGUUUCUCUUCCGAUGAGCUGCAGAUUCUCACCUACCAGCUGUGUCACACCUACGUGCGCUGCACGCGCUCCGUGUCCAUCCCGGCGCCGGCAUACUAUGCUCACCUGGUGGCCUUCCGGGCCAGGUACCACCUGGUGGAUAAAGAACAUGAUAGUGCUGAAGGAAGCCAUACCUCCGGGCAGAGUAACGGACGAGACCACCAGGCGUUGGCAAAGGCAGUCCAGGUCCAUCAGGACACGCUGCGCACCAUGUACUUUGCUUGACAUGUUUUAGUGUUUACGAUUGUGUACCGAGUUGGAUUCACAUGAGACCAGCUACACUCAGACCAACAAAUGGCGACGCCCAGCCCUCCCGUGACAGCCAGCAUCGAACAGGAGACGCCAUUGAUUUUAGUAGAUUCUCCAUUUUCCAGAAUGCCUUCCGUCCCAGAUUUCAAACUUGGAUUUUGAACUGCAGACCUGUAUGAGACCCCAUUGUCGUAGGAAAUAUGGUUUGCCAAAAUCUUAUAAGCUGCUUAUUAAAAUAGAGUCCCGUGUUUCCUAAAAAUCUCCUAAAACCAGUCUAUGAACUCAGGGCUUUAAAACAUUUUUAAUUUAUUUGGUCGUUCAAUUUACUUGUUUUUAACACAUGAUUCUAUAUGAAAUUGAUGGGCUCAAACUAGCUGUGAACGUUCUGUGAGAGUGAAAGCAACAUAAAACACAUUGUGGUUUUAAAGCCUUGAACAUCCUGAUGCUGUCACUAAAGUUUAUUUCAGAGUGACACCCGUGUGCUCCUGACCUGGCUCCCACCAGCCGUCCGGGGUCCGAGGGCAGGGCCAGGCGAGGCGCCCUGGUGUCUCUGCCACUGCCCGCCUUUCAUUCAGCCCCAAGGAAGGAGGGGUGGCAGAAGGUGGGCCGUGUGUGUUUACAACAUUUAUAGGUCCAGAGGGAUUGGCAGACAAGUGCCAUUUUAAUAAAAAUUUAUUUUAAAAAAGAAAAAAGACAAUAUGCCGACAGUCUAAUCAUAAGAUUUGUCCUAUAGGACUGUGACAUUUAUUUUCCAAAGUUUCUAAAGAAUACGGGUCUGUGGUGAUAAAUACAGUACAAUCCUUUUUCACUGUUAUGUCUUUAAUGUAAGAGAAGAAUAUAUAUAUCUGGUUUGCAGUA